AUGACAAUCGCCGCUUCGAAUUUCAUCUUAAACAUUGCGGAAGAGGGCAGCAGCAUCGGCAUCGUGACGUUUUCCUCGACAGCCCAAAUAGUGCAGUCGUUAGUUCGUCUCGACUCUGAAGCUGACAGAACUGCCGUUGACGCCAAGCUACCUACAUCUGCUUCUGGCGGAACGUGCAUAGGGUGUGGUCUGCUUAAAGGGAUCGAAGUUCUGGAACAAGCAGGAAACGCGUCUGGCGGCAUUCUUAAAGUCAUCAGUGACGGCAAAGAAAACGUUGUUCCUUUCAUAGCAGAAGUCAAGCCCACGAUAUUGGCCAAAGGGGUGAUUGCUGAUACUAUUUUAUAUACAACCGCUGCAGACGACCAACUGACGUCAUUGGCGGCAAGCACUGGCGGGCUUUCGUAUUACUCCACUAGUGAUCUCAACAACGCUUUCAUUCAACCCGCCAUGAAGCGGGAUCCUACGUACGUGCAGCUCUACUCGUCCACAUUUACCCUGAAUCCACUCUCCACCGCCGUAGACACCAUAACCAUAGACUCGUCAGUUGGGAACAAUACGAGAUUUUCUUUUUCUUGGACUGGAGGGUAUUCCGGGAUAUCUCUAACCUUGACCUUGCCAAAUGGAACCAAUCAGACAGCAAGCGGUGCAUCAGGUGACACGACUAUUAUCAUGGCGCUUCCGGGAAAAGCCGAGGCGGGAAAAUACAGGUUCAUUCUGGAGAACACGGGCUCACGUACAUCGAAGGAAAUAACCGGCACUGUGGUCUCAAGGGCUACAGGAGGCAAGAACGACCUCAUCCACGUGUCUUCACAGAUCAGCGCUUCUGACGUUGAUUUUUCAGAUCCAGCGUCAUUGUACCUGAUAAUAUAUGCUGACGUCACUAGGGGCUAUGCACCGCUAGUUGGCGCUACAGUCACCGCCAUUGUGGAAGCUAGCGGUUUAGGAACCUUUACACAGGAGUUGAAAGACACUGGCUCGGGGGCCGACCUUUCCGCUGGAGAUGGAACGUAUUCGGCGUACUUCACAAAAUUUUCUGGAAAUGCCAAGUAUACGGUGAUGGUGAAAGUGGAGGGUGGAAACACGACCAAGGUCAAGGUCAACACUGCGGCAAAAGGUCAAGGUGCCCAAGCUGUUGACGUUGAAAAUAGCGGUACUCAGUUUCAACUCACCACAGUUGACGAUUUCUCCCGCAGCAGUUCCGGUGGCUUUUUCACCGUGGCCAACCAGACGGCGGGCUCCACCGUGGAUCUCUUCCCGCCUUUGCCUGUUAGGGAUCUGAGGGUGACGGCGAUGUCGUACGAGAUGCGGACGUUUACCUUAGAGUGGACGGCCACGGGUGAUGAUCUUGACCAAGGAAAUGCCUCCUUCUACGAUCUACGAAUGUCACGCAACUACACCGCGUUAAGGAGCGACUUUGACAGCGCCACUCCUGUUCUGGCGUCACAAUUAGCCGAGGGAAACUUGACGUCACCUUUGCCGGCUGGGCAGAAAGAGAAAAUUAUUAUUCUGUUGAAAGAUCUCAAGGACGAAACAACUUAUUUCUUUGCCUUAAAAGUCGGGGACGAAUCGGGUAAAAACAGCAGUGCGUCCAAUAUCGUUUCGUCCUCUUUCGUUGAGAUUAAGCCUGAAUCUUCCCAUGACAAUGCCGGACUUAUCGCUGGCGUUGUGCUUGCCGUUGUUCUGGUCGUGAUUGUCGUAGUAGUCGUGCUCGUGUAUUUCCUUGUCAUUAAAAAGAAGCACGUUAAAUUACAAGAAAGCGAAGUCUCUGAGAAAUCAGGGGUCGACAACCCAGCGUAUAGUAAAGAUAAAGUCAAAAUAACAAAUGAGAAGAAGAAUGUCAAUCAAAAAGGAGCCACGCCGGCAACAACCGCCUAUGGUCUGAACAAAGUUGAAAUGCCUACUGACGAUGGAUCUGGAUCGAAACCAGCCAAGAAUGGGUUCAGCAGUAAGGCGCUAAACAAUCCAGUACCUACAGCAAAGAAGAACCAAUUGCCUCCACUGAAACCAGCAUCUACAGGGAAAUCGGGGAAUUUGAAAUCAAAACCAAAGAAAUAA